AAAGGUCUUAUCACAUUGGCAGAACUUUGACCCCGGGCAGAAAACCUCCCUCGGCCGUAGUUUCACCUACUAAGCUACCUCACGUCUUCAAACACAACCAAUCAGACAACUUGUGUUUCAUUGGUCUUGGACAUUUAAAGAGAGGGUGAGGAAAGUCAUGCUGAAAGAUUUAUCAUCAUGAACCGAACCUGGGCUCUGUUCAAAGCUCACCCCUACAUCAGUAACGUCCUGGGAUACACAACUCUGUUUGCCUCAGCUGACGUGAUCCAGCAGAGCGUGCUGGGAGGGUCCACAGCAGAGGGUUCCACUGGCAUCAACUGGGGUCAGACGGCCCGAGUGGCGACUGUGGGUUUCUGUUUCCAUGCCAACUUCAACUACCACUGGCUCAGGUGGCUGGAGAGGAUGCUCCCAGGGGGGGGAGUGAAGGCGGUGACAGGGAAAGUUGUGGUGGAUCAGCUGGUCGCCGCUCCUCUCACCAUCAGUGCCUUUUAUAUCGGUUUAAGCUUACUUGAAAAAAAAGAGGAUCCUCUUGAAGACUGGAGACAGAAAUUCUGGACAUCUUACAAGGCUGGAGUGAUAUAUUGGUCAACAAUGCAGGCAGUGAACUUUUCCCUGAUUCCUCCUGUGGCGCGGACGGUGUUUCUUGGAGGCAUCGCACUGACUUUCACGAUCUACCUGUGCCACCUCAGAGAGCAGCCCAGCCACAAACUGGAAUAA